AUGACAGUAUCUUGGGAUCCGCCGGCGAUUGAUCAGCGAAAUGGAAAUAUCACUUACUAUCGUGCCAUUCUGACACCACUGCAAGCGGGUGGCGAGAAAAUUGUCAAAAAUGUGCUAGCGGCAGCAACAAUGAAAGGUAUUGGCCCCUAUUCACCGGUGCUCUCCAUCGAUCCAGAUCCAGCAAGUAAAAUUUCAUUUUAA